AUGCCGAUGGACGAUAAUGGAGCUACUACUACACCCUACACAACUUCACCUACUUCUCUAUCACCACAACAACAAGAGGAUGAGCCAUUGACUUGGGACGGUCGUCGUGCCGCCAUUCAUUUCUCUCUUCCUGAACACCCCGUGGCUCAUACUGGAUACAGCUUUAUUCAACAAGAACCAUCAUCAUCACCACCACCACCUUCUUUGUGGGAACGACUUGAACAUCUCUUUUAUCGCUUGUCUGAUAUAUACAAUGGAUGGUUGGAAGAAAGGAAGCAGCAAAUGCACAAUGCACGCCAAUUGAGAGGACGAUCGCGAAGCUUGACCGAGAUCCCUUUUUGCAUGGCAGCUUUCAUUUCGAUCUACGCGACAUUCAUGUUGUUUCGUGGCCUUGCUGUUGAUGGGUGGAUAGUGGAUCAUCAUGAUUGGGAUGGAACGGGCCACUCCUAUGAUAGAAACGCAGUUGCAUCUAUCAAUGCUCAAGAAAGGACCCUGGUGACAUUGGCAGUUGUUUGUGGCGUAAUCACAUGGAUGUUCCUCAUUGGAAAAACGCGCUCUUAUAUUUAUCGCGCAUCAAGAUGGUGUAUUUUGAUGGCAUGCAUUCAAGGAUUAGCGAGCGUAUUGGCGGUGAUGGCAUUCUCUCAACGAUGUUCAGACCAAGGAAUGGAUGACCCACGAUACGUUUACUCACGAGGUUACUGGAGUUGUCUUGUCUCUGGUACAUUGAUGUUGGUGGCGACUUUUGGGUUUAUUCUUGAUUGGUUGCUAUCGUAUCCCUAUUCCGAGUUGACUCCUGCUAUCAAUGCAUUGGUACUUCCUGCUGUCAUGGUGUGCUCAGUGGUUGCUAUUGGUGCUUCUGUAUAUGCAUUGCUCGAGGAUUGGACAUAUAGCGAAGCUUUAAUCUUUUGUUGGACGGCCGUUACAACCAUAGGAUAUGGAGAUAUCGCACCUAGUACUUCACAAGGGAAGAUAUUCUUUUUGCUUUAUACAGCUGCAGGCGUUAGCGUGGUCGGCUACAUGUUGCUUUCGAUUCGUGCCGUUAUCACAGGAUCAUCUUCAGAUAUUCUCAAGGUCAAUCUCAUGCGAGUUGAAUCUUUACACGAUUACUCUCAUCGACAACAUCAAAAAUGGCUCGCUCGACAUGAUGCAGGAAUCAGCUAUCCGCAAGCAGGAAAUAAUCGAAGACCUACCUUUAAUCGUGCUCGGCGACGGCUAUCAUCCAAUGUCUCAACCUUCAGCAAUUAUACCAUCAGCAACAUCAUAAACAACAAAGAUCGGCAAAUCCUUGUUCAAGUAAUCACACGCUCGGGUGUUGUGCGCAUGACCUUCACCCUUAUACUUUGCUGGUUUGGUGGUGCCGGUGUAUUUUGCCUUUUGGAAGAUGAUUGGUCUUACCUCGACGCUCUUUAUUUCGCGUUUUGUACCCAAUUGACUAUUGGAUUUGGCGAUAUCGUACCUCAAUCAGUGCUUGCCCAAGAAUUCUGGCUCGUAUACAUCGUGAUUUCCAUUGCUGUGGCAGCGUACUUUAUCAGUCUCUUUGGUGAUGCUCUUGUGGAAAAGCUGCAUAUUCAAUAUGGUGAUGAUGACGAGGAUGGAAGCGAAUACGCCGAUUCAGUAGACGAUCCCAAUGGAAACGAGCCAAGCUAUAUUACUCUCGCACGUAGUUUCGAAGAUGAUGACAAUGAUGAGCCUUCCCAAUGUGUAUCGGAGACACCAGAGUCCAUCCAAUACAGCAGCAACAAUAUACAUAGGUUUUCAACACCUUGCCCUCGUCCUUGUAAUGGUUCGGUUGCCUUAUCGGAACGUGAGCCACUUGUACGCUAUGCCUCAAUGCCAAAUGUGGAUCGAGGAGCAAUACGUCGACCACCACGACUUGGAAUCUAUCAUUCACCAUACGACAUUGAACGCCAAACUAAUCGCUCAACGCCUUACAUGAGUUACGAUUCUACACAAGAAACCACGCCCAUCAUCCAUCAACCUACACCGUUACCACCAUCAAAACAUCCAUAUAGUCCUUCAGACAUUUCAGCGAAUGCUGAAAGUGGCGAAGUAUCUUGUGGAGAGUCUUCGAGAUCUGAUAGAGACCAUUUAUCAUCACCAUUGCAUCAGCAUACACCACAAUCAUCACGGACAAAAAAGUCAUCAAAGUAUCUUCCUAUUGCUGUCACCGAUGACAACAAGAAACACCGAGACCACCAUUGA